UAAUAUGGCUUUGUUUUUUAGGCGAUAAUCAUUCGGUUAUAAUAAUUAGAUAUCAAAUUUAAUCAUGUGAGUUUGGAGAUCUUCCAUACAAAUUAAAGGCUAGUUGUUUUUGCAACAUGAUAUUUUUCAACCCAAACAAAAAACAAGGUAUCUUGUAAUUCAUAAUACCGUUACAUUUACCUCCAAACCAAAAUUCCAACGGCCAUGUUCUUCACUCCCAAAAAUCCGACCGUUGCUUCCCGCUUCUUUCACUCUCUACACCCCACUCUCCCUUCAAAGCCCACCAAUUUCGCCCACAAAUUCAAAAACUCCACUCACCAAACCCUGCACCUUCUCCUUGAGCAAUGCUCCUCCAUGAGAGAACUCAAACAGCUCCACGCCCAAAUCAUUCUCCACAGCCUCACAAACGAAAACCUCACGCUCGGAAAACUCAUAUCAUUCUGCUCCGUCUCCGAUCCCAGAAAUCUCCACUACGCCCAGCUUGUGUUCGACCAAAUUCCUGAACCAAAUAAGUUUAUGUACAAUAGUCUUAUAAGGGGUUACUCAAAUAGUGAUGACCCAUUUAAGGCUUUUUCACUCUACUGCCAAAUGGUUGGUUCAGGUCUUUCACCGAACGAGUUCACGUUGCCCUUUGUGCUCAAGGUUUGCGUGGGACAGUCCGCGUAUUGGGAAGCCGUGGCUGUUCAUGGCCAGGCUAUUAAACUAGGAAUUGGGUCUCAAGUUUGCGUGCAAAAUGCCCUUAUUGCUGUCUAUAGUGUUCGUGGGUUGAUCCGGUGUGCUCAGAAUGUGUUUGAUGAUAUGUCUGAGAGGAGUCUGGUUUCAUGGAAUUCAAUGAUCGGUGGCUAUGCUAGAAUGGGUUCGUGCAAGGAGGCUCUGUUGUUGUUUAGGGAGAUGAGAGAUUUGGGGGUUGAGCCUGAUAAGUUUACUUUGGUUAAUUUACUCUCUGUUUGUUCACAAGCUUGUGAUUUGGAAUUGGGAAGAUAUGUGCACUCUUUUAUUGAGGUUAGUGGGAUUGAAAUUGACCAAAUUGUGAGAAAUGCUCUUCUGGAUAUGUAUGCCAAGUGUGGACAUUUGCACAUGGCAAGAACAAUUUUUGAUCAAAUGACCCACAAAAAUGUGGUUUCCUGGACGUCAAUGGUUAGAGCAUACACUAAACAUGGGCUCAUUGAAUUUGCCCAGGAGUUUUUCAACCAGAUGCCACAUAAAAAUGUGGUUUCUUGGAAUUCAAUGAUCUCAUAUUAUGUCCGGGAAGGCCAGUGCAGGGUGGCUUUGGAUCUAUUCCAGAAAAUGCUUAAUUCCAGUGUGGUGCCUGAUGAGGCUACCUUGGUUUCCGUCCUUUCAGCCUGCAGUCAAAUUGGCGAUUUGGUCAUUGGAAGGAAAACCCAUAAUUACAUUUGCAACAGCAAUAUUGCACCCAGUGUAACUCUUUUUAAUUCCCUUAUGGACAUGUAUGCAAAAUGCGGUGCUGUUGAAAUUGCCAUGGACAUCUUUAUUCUGAUACCAGAAAAGAAUGUAGUAUCAUGGAACAUCAUUAUCGGGGCCCUUGCAUUGCACGGUCGCGGAUCAGAAUCAAUCGGGAUCUUCGAACAGAUGCAAGCAGGUGGAAUCUGGCCGGAUGAAAUCACCUUCAUCGGACUGCUUUCUGCUUGCAGUCACGGUGGUCUUCUAGACUUAGGGAGACAUUACUUUGAAAAAAUGAAGUCUACUUACAGAAUAUCACCUGAAAUUGAGCACCAUGCUUGCAUGGUAGAUCUGCUGGGGCGAGCUGGACUUUUAGAAGGAGCAAUGAGGCUGGUAAGAGGAAUGCCAAUGAAGCCUGAUGUUGUCAUUUGGGGUGCUUUACUUGGUGCUUGUAGGAUCCAUGGAAAUGUGGAAUUGGGAAAGCUGAUUCUAAAGCAGCUGUUGGAGUUGGAACUGCAUGGUUCUGGGCUUUAUGUACUUCUAGCAAACAUAUUUGGGGAAGCGCACAGAUGGGAGGAUGUUAAGAACAUCAGGAAACUAAUAAAAGACGGCGGAUCCAUAAAGAGUAAAGCAGUGAGCUCGAUUGAAAUUGAUGGCCGUGUUUAUGAAUUUACGGUUGAUGACAAGAGACAUGAAACUUCAAGCAGUAUAUACUCCAUGCUUGAUCAAUUAACAGAUCAUCUGAGGCCUACUGGGUAUGCUCCAAGUGCGAUUUUGGAUAUUGAAGAAUCAUAGUUGCUGUAUCUUAGGAUAUACACCUUUUGACCACGGAGCAAGUAGAAAUGUCUUCUACAAAAAGGUUUCUUCCUUUCAGGGCGUUGAUUAAGUGUACGAAACAGAGCUUGAGCACCUGGAUUUAGACUUCUCUCUAGUUUGAGAGCAAGUCAACCGUGCAGAAAGAACCUAAUACCGACUGAUGCAUCAUGGUCGUUGCUAAUAGGUUACUUCGCGAGUUCGAAAAUUGUAAAACGUACAAUGAAAAUCCUUAAAAAAUACUACUGUACGAACUGUUAGGGAGUAGUGAAACUUGGAAGGAUCAAGGAUGCACACCUAACAUGCAGGUCGCCUUGUUUUUGUUUUUAACCAGCUAUGGCCACUUCUUUCUGUAUUUUUUUCUUGAGAAUAAUAAUCUGCUUUCCUUUUCCUGUCUUCAGAACUUCAUGUCAAACUGCAGCUAAUAGGCAUAUAUAUAUGUACGGAUGGGAACAACUAAAACUUCCAUACAAGUUUCAUUGAAUCGAAUGUAGGGACUACAAUGAAGUAUUAACAUUCAACAAAAAGGACAAAACCCAAGAUCCAAUCUUGCAAGGAAAGAAGAAAGAAAGCCACAUCCAAUCCAAGAUUGCAGAACCAAUUUGACCAAAGCUCGAGUCUUUCCAAAUCUUAAGGAGAGGUGGGGCCCUGACAGCCAU